AUGGCAAAGUCUACAUCUAGCGAUGAACAGUCGCCCACAUGGAUCUUAGGUUCAGCAUUGAAUUUCAUGGAAGAUUAUCUACGCAAAUCAUCCAAAGCGACUGACGAUGAAUUAACUUAUCUGAAAUCGAUCUUAGAUCUUCGAAUCAAGAAACGUCAAUCAACCGAAAUCGGUCGAGCAUCGUACGGGUUUCCGUCGGUAGUCAUUGAUAACUUUCUUUAUCAUGGCGAUUUAGGCCAUGCAUCCAACAUCGGUUUACUAAAUCAACUCGGUAUUCAACACAUUAUCAACAUAUGUGACUGCAAACUAGAUCAAAUCAUUGUUGAUAAAUACAAUGUCCUAUGGAUAAACUUAUACGAUGAAUUACAAGCUGACAUCAAGAAGUAUUUCGAUCGCACGAAUGAAUUUCUGUAUAACUGUAAACAGAAGAAUGAAAAAGUGCUGGUUCACUGUCAAAUGGGAAUCUCUCGCUCAUCAUCCAUCAUUCUUGCAUAUUUAAUGAAAUACCAUCAUGAUUCAUUGUAUAAAGCAUACGAUUAUCUAUUGGAGCGACGUCGAAUUGCUGCUCCGAAUCUUUCGUUUUUUCUGCAAUUGAUUCGUUACGAGAACGAACUACGUAAGACGAAAGAAAUCGAUGAGACGAAAGACCAAGACGACAAACAAAAUCCCAUCGAGAAACUCAAUUCAUCUAUCUGA